AUGACAUUAUGUAAUUGGCCAUCAGAUACUGAUAUUACUUCAAUAAUUAAAUAUUUACACAAAUUGCCGUUUAUAAUAAUAGAAGAGCUAAAUUUGGAAGUUUCAACUGAAGUCAAAUUAAGUUCAGAACUUGAAAGUAAUUCAGACGAAUUUUUUGAAAUUGAUAGAGAAAUUUCUGAUGUAAUUCAUCAAGCCUCCAAGCAUACUACCAACACAAUUGAUAAUAUUUUUAAUUUUUCAAACAUUGAGAAUAAAAAUAUUGACAAAAAACUUUCAUAA